UUGUUGUUUUCAUUUUGCUUUUCUUUUAAUUUUGUAGUUUUUUAAACUGUUUAUUCCGUGAAUGUAUAUUAUACUGCAUGAACCGCCUCACAAUCAUGAUUUUCCGAAUUGCCGGUUGGUUCGGCCUAGUUUCUGUAAUUAUAAUCAGUUUGGUUGGCUUCGGAUGGUAUCUAACUUUCCUUAUGUUUUUAAUAGCCUUCCUUGCUGGAAUCAUCACAGUAUUAUAUUACACUUAUGAUAGUAAGACACAAUUCUCAGUUAGUUUGGAGGACAUUGAUGAUCCACUGCAACAAAGUAACUACACAAUUCUACUCCCAAAGGUGAUAGAAUUAUUUGAUAAAGAGGAAAACUUACCAAAGUUUGACAACAGGAUAACUGGUAGUGAGACUGUAGAUAGAUUUCUCAAUGAGAUUAUAAUGAUAAUUAUUAAUGACUAUGUGGCACCAUGGUAUGAGAUAUUGACUAAUGAUGUGGAGUUUACAACACAUACCAUCAACCGUUUGGUGGUGGCUACUGGGGCCAAUCUAGCUAACAGAAUUAAAGGUGUAGAUUGGACUCACAUCCUAUCUACAAGAUUUCCAGAAGAAUUCACAACACAUUUACAGUUAUUUAAACAAUCAAGAGUUAGGUUGAAACACAUACAGUUGCAAAACAAUAAAGAUGUCACCAAUGGCAACAUGAGACCUGGUCCAAAGAAGGAAGAAAGGAGAACACAUAGGAGAAACAAAAGUGACACAGAUUUAUCUUGGGCUGCUGAUGUACAAAUAUUUGGCAAAUCGAAAUUUUAUGAGAGUGCCGAAAAUAUAAGUGGUAAAACGUUAACCGAUUUGUUUUUUGAUUUGGAAUGUUCUAUGGAAAAUAAACAAAUAUGUCGCGAUUCGUUUUGUAUUGAUACCGAAAGAGAACAUGCCUUACUUAGUGAAGUUUCUGAAGCUGUGCUGUACUUGAUCACCCCUGAAGACACAUGGAAGUGCCAUGCAUUGAAAUUGAUUCUAAUUGACCUAUUAUCGUCAAUUGUUCUUCGUCCAAUAAUGAAUCUACUUAGUGAUCCCGACAACAUAAACAGAGCUAUUAUAAAAAGUUGUGUUCGCGACUCAACACUGUCUUCUGAAUUGUUUCUGUUAGUGAUUAGAAGUUGUGGAGAUGCUGAGGAAUUGGAUGCAACACUAGAAUUAGUCCAGAAAGAUAUACAAAAAUUGCAUUCAAAAGAUAGCGCUGGUGAAUGGGAGAUACAAGACCGACAGAAACUUUCGUCAUUGCAUUAUCUAACGAGGAUCAUAAAUGCUAGAAGGGCGACUCUAGGACCACAGGAAGGGUCAAUUACAACCGACACAGAUAAAGUACCUGAAGAAGUGUCCAGGUCAUUGAAAUUUUUGAGAGAAACAACGGCGUGGCGCUCCAAUGUGCAAUACUUACUCGAAAUUGAGAUUAAUGAUGAUGAUUCGCCAUACACCUCAAAAGCGGUUCUGGACAAUGUACGAUCUUCAGCACUGGAACUGUGCGACUUAUAUCUAGCGCCAAAUAAGCCCGCUGUAAUGGGUAUACCCGAGAACUGCCAUUCGGAACUCGUGAGGAAGAUAACAAUGGAAGGCGAGGAGUUCACCAAUAAUCCAGCUGCGUGUUUUGACGACGUGCAGAAGUGUGUCUGCGUCGCUUUAGAGGACGAUCCGUCAUGGCAGUCUGAUUUUAUGAUGGACUCUGAAGAUAGUGCAGAUAAGAAUAACAGUGAUAUUAAUAAAGAUGACAAAUCCGACAAACGAAAAUACGACAAAUGCAAGAAAAUUAUGAAAUUGUGUUUGAACCAGUUACCAAAACUGUUUUUGAAAUCCAAAUAUAAGUAUGAGCUCCCUUUCAAGUCGUCCACCUUCCCUCGUUCCCGCACUAGAAGAACGCCAAGUAACAAGAACCACACACUACCGAAAUGCAAAAUAUUUGGCGAUGGGUUGCCGGUGCCUGGUACAAGACACAACCGCUCCAGAUCCGAUAUAGUGGGUAACUUCGCUCAAAAGUUGAUGAAUGAUGGUGCAGGUCCAUCGAGCUUAAUAUCUGCCAACACUAGCAACCUAUCACUAUCACAUUCCGAAAUUAGCAAAAAUGCGAAAAAUAUGAUGUCACCAUUGUCAGCAUGUAUUAUUGAAACUGCGCUCGGUCAAGAAAAAGGUCGCAUGUUUGGUAUAUACGCCAUAGCGGUCACAAGGCUCUCCGAUAAUGAGGUGUGGCAUAUUUACAGGCGAUAUAGUGAUUUCUAUGACUUACAUACUUCAAUUAAAGAAAAGUGGUCAGAACUGGGAAACCUUCCGUUCCCAGCCAAGAAGACCUUCUUAAAUACUUCCCGUAGCGUACUGGAGAAUCGUAAAAAGAUGCUCAACAUUUAUCUAGAGAAACUCUCGAGCUUGGCGCAAGAGACCAGAUAUAUGGCUUUGCUAUCUGAGGAUUAUUUGGGCGGAUUCCUCAGCCCUGCGAUACAGACUGAGGAAAAACACAACAAUGCGAUUAAUGCGAUUGUAAAUCCAUUUAAGGCUGGAAUGAGGACGCUUAAAAACAUGCCCGACCAAUUUGUUAAUACCGUGGAUGGUGUCAUGGAUGGCAUUUCGAAAGUGUUUCAAGGGAAAAGCGAUCACUGUUCUGAUAAUUUGAAAAGUGGCUACGUAUCUGAUGGACAAGAGGACGGGUAUGAGAGUGUAGCUCUACGAUUGUUGGAGGAAGUCCUCGGCAUCAGAGGUCUAUGGCUGAGACGGCGCUUACUAGCCCCGCUGAGAACUUUAAUAUCGGAUCGUGUCAAUAAGAAAGUUUUGGAGUUAGUGUCAUCGUUAACAUCACCCAGGAAUGUUGUCAAGUACUUGAAGAAAUUCAAACAGUGGUUGACACAACGGAGUAAUGUAAGCUACGCAACCAGAGACUCGGCUACAAAGGCUCGGACGCGUGUUGCUGCUAAAGUUGCCUUACUUACUGCGUACUCAGAUGAACUACGCCAUAUCGCCGGCUCCGAUACAGCACGAAGAGGCUUAUUAACAGUGUUCGAUUUAUUCCAAACACAAGAAAUAAAUCGCAGGCUGAUAUUAGUAUUAUUAGAAGCGGUAUUAACCAACUUAUUUCCCGAUAACAACAUACCGGAGCUAUUCAAGAAGCUAUACUCAAAUUCUUUCAGAGUACCAACUCCAAAGAAAUCUGUCCCUGUAUGAUGUAUGAUGAUUUAAUGUAGAAAACUAAUUACAUUUGCUUACACUUGUAAUAUUUAUUUUAUAAUAAUUUAUUAUAUUAAUGUAGGUACAAAUUACUACCACAUACACGACCGAUGUGCCAAUUAUGUAUUUAGAAAAUUCUAUUGCGUUCUUAGUAAUAUUGAGCUUUACAAAUCUCUCUACAAUCUUCUACAAGUCUUGUCCUGUCUAAAACUGCAGUGGGUUUUAUACUAGAACGUGUAUCUAAAGCUACAUUAGCAGGCUCCUACCAGAUUUGACUGGACAGGAAAAGAAACACGAGCCAUGAAGAUGUGUGCUGACGUACGUCAGCACAGGAGCUUCUUAAGCAUACACCCGUGUUACAAGUCUCGGGAACUGCUCGGAGUUUCUCUCCCUGCCACACCAUUGACUCGGUACUCGUAUAGUGAAUAUAUGGAAUACUAAAAGUUAGUCUCUCCUUUAUGGCAUAAUAUAAAUUGUUAAUGAAAUCUAAUGAGACUUAAAG